CAAUAUAACGAGUGUAAGGAGGUACCUAUACAUAAAACCCACUUAACAAUAUUGACAUCAAUCGAUUUAUCAGAAAACAAAAAUAAGAUAACAUAAUAAAAGAUAUCUCCAUCGACGAGAAAAGAAAAGAACAAAACUUCUUUCAAGAACUUCAGUAUCGAUGUAACAUCAGCCGCUCAUCAUGAAGAUAUUACGUUAUUGGUUUUACGUAUUUCCAAUAAUUCUAACAAUUUCCAUUAGACAACUUAAGGCUGACAAUGGCAAUAACACCAACGCCAACGUCAAUGCCAACACAAACUACGAGAACAACGACAACAUAGAUGGCGCUGAAAAUGACAACAACUAUAACAACUGUCCUGCUAUAUGCGGAGGAAAGGAUAACUUGUGCCUGUCAUCUUUGACACAAGAAGAUUGUGCUCCCAAUGAGUAUAUAACUCCGAAUGCAGGCAUCUGUAAUUGUUGCCCGUUAUGUGUUGGAGGUUUGGGAGGACUUCACGAAGAGUGCAACGAACAAAGUCCUUGUGCUAUGGGCUUAAAGUGUGACAAAACAAUGACUUGCCAGUUGGAUAAAAAUACAUGUGCAUAUUCGUAUCACUUGGCAGGAGUAACCCGACUUCCGACUUGUGAAGUGGAUGGAAGCUUUGCAGCGGUUCAAUGUAAAGGCGAUCGAUUAAGUGGAAGAUGCUUCUGCUAUUCAGAAACAGGAAAACGAAUCCAUGGCUGGUCAUGGUGGCGAACCUCCCAAGACAUGACGUGUGCCUGCAGUCGAAUGAAGUACAAAAUGAUUCAAGACGGCCUGAUGGCCGAUAACACUCUACACUGCGAUUCAAUGGGCAAUUUCGAGGCACUCCAAUGCACUGGCGGUGUCUGUUGGUGUGCCGAACCAACAACUGGCCAAAUACUAAGUGGGACACGAGCCGUUCCAGAAGCAAUGUGGAAGUUUUUGCCGUGUUACGAUUUUAGCAAAUUUGGAUCAACAUAUUUGAGACAAUGUGAGAGUUCAGCAUAUGCACAGAAUUUAUUGAAGAAAGCUUAUGCAGCGCAUGGCACUACGGAGAUUGAGUUCAAUAACAUCUUGUGUGAUUACGAUGGUUCUUAUGGAAGAUAUUCUAUUUCCAAUGGCAUAGCUUCCUGUUAUUGGCGAGAUGGCACAAGACUGGGUUCAUUCCAAGUUCAAUCCAACAAAGUGACAUCAAUGAAUUGCUACUGUGCACGUGAUCAGAAAAUAUUCAGCGAAGCCGGAAUGAUACAUCGCCUGACAUGCAGUGGCAAUGGUAAUUAUGAAUCCAUUCAAGAUAUUAAUGGGAAAAUAUUUUGCGUGGAUGGUGAUGGUUUUGCUGUUUCCGAUCCAGUGGAAACAGAUAUUUUACCAGACUGUUCUAAAUACAUUUAUUAUGAAACAAGAGGUGUUUUGGAAUAGAUAUUUGCAAAGAGAUAAAUAAAAAAUCAUUAUACAACUAUUUGACUUACUUACCAACUAUGAUAAUAUAAUAAUUAUAUUAAAAUGUUAUAAAAAGA